AUGGGCUUCUUUAAGCAUCUCCGCGCCAAAUCACAUAACAAGGAAAGCAGCAGCACCACCAACAGUCCAAAACGUUCUUCUCCCCUUGCUAUUCGUCCUGGACGUGACUUUGCUGCCAAACUUCCCAAUGACAUACUCACAAAGAUCAUGGUGCAGGUCGCACCGCAUACCCAGGAUGAGACAUACGAGCCUAGCGAGAGGUCGACAGCCGGCGAGGGAUGCAUGUUAUGCGACUUGAGAGAUCUAGCAAAGGCUGGUCAAGUCUGUCGACGAUGGUACAACGCUGCUGCCACUGUCUUAUACAGCAGCGUCCGCAUCGAUGCCGUCCACUACUGCGAACUCGAGGAGAUCCUGGCCGAGAAGAGACAGAAAAAGACAUUCCUCAAAGCUCCCAUUGAGUCUGGCGACGUUCCCACCAUCAGAUUGGCCCUCUUCUGCCGCACCGUACGAGAAAAUCCCAACCUGGCACAUGGCGUGACUAUGCUCAAGCUACCGUACAUGACCCGAGAAACCGCAAAGGCCGACCUUGCCCGCACCAUAUCUGUUUUGCCAAACUUGAAAUACGUCGAUCUACCUGACGGAGCUUUCAAUGGCGACCCGGCCUGUAUGCCCCUUGUCCACGAGCUGCAAGCACGCUGUCCCGAUAUCCGCAAGAUGAGCUACAGAUCAGGUUCCGAAGGCUCGUUCGAACAACUUGCUCGUCGCAACUGGCAAGCGCUCGAGAUUAUCGAGAUUUCGGGUAUUCAAGUUGAGCCCAGCACGCUGCGUAUCGUCCUUGGUUCGCUGCCAGCUCUGCGUGAGCUCACAAUGACUGACUUGCCCUGGCUGGACGACACCAUCUUCUACCAAUCCCCCAUGCUUCCAGACUUCCCCGCUCUGCGCACUCUAGCUUUCGAAAACACGCCUAGAAUCACCGCCGAGGGUAUGGGCGUUUAUUUCGAGAAACCCCUCAACCGCAACACCCUCAAUGACCUCUCACUCAACGGCACCGGUAUCGACCCUAUCCACCUACACCACUUCCUGUUCGAUGCUUCGGCUCUACACUUCCUAUCCAUCGUCGAAACCGUCUCAAACUCUCUCGCUCUCUCACUCAACGAUCUCCCACCUCUCGAGUCCAUCUCUCUCAAGGUCCUCCACUACGAACUCACCGACUCAGAAGAUGCCCAUGGCCUACAAAAACCCGCUGCUUCAUACUACGCAUAUCUGGCUCAGUCACUACAUGCAAACGGUCUGCCUGCUCUUUCGCAGCUUUACGUUCGUGACCCCGACUUUGCUGAGAUUAUGCUGCUCCCCGCACCUCCAACACCCUUUAUGGACGGCGGCGGCAAUCAGCGCCAGAGUGUUGUAGGAGCCAUGAAUCCGCCCCGUGGAUUGCACCAGCCUCUGGAAGUCUUUUCUAAGGGUCUAGAUGAAGUGGAAUGGGCUUUCACAGCGUACCAACCACCAGCUCCAUCUCACGGUCGUCAUGGAUCAGGUAGUAGUGGGCGCCCACAGAGCGCAUACAGUGCUGCUCGCGGUCUCGGCCCUCAAUGGGCGCAAGGCGGCUUCGGCGGCGACGCACGCAAAAGUGUUAUUGUCGGUAAUGGCUAUGGUGGCUUCCUAGCAGUCCCGCAAGAAGAAGCAGCACGACCAAGAUCAUCAGCCGGCCAUGAGUCUCGCAGCUGGGGUAGCAGCAGUCCUGGAAACGGAGGCGGUGCGCUCGCCGCUCUGGCUACCAUGGGUACCAGUGUUGGCAGCAGUGCUGGUGGCUUUGGAAGUCGUGGCAGUUGGCUCAAACCUCCACCAAAGAUUCCUGGUGCCGAGGGUAACGGAGGCCACAAGCGCGCUGGCAGUCGACAGGACCUAUGGCGAUGA